UCAUGAUGCAGUAAGAUUUGGCUCAAAAUUUUAAUCAAGUUAUCGAAGUACAGCAAAAUGGACUAACUCGUUUUAGUGAGCAGUCAAGCAUGGUGAAAAACAGUUAUAAAAGCCAAAAUAUAAUACCAACAAACCACCAUGGUGCUCCACGCAGCUACCUCACAUGUGUUUGUCUAAUAAGUACUUCUUACUACUUGGUAGUUGCCAGUUGGUUUUCCUCAACAUUCAUCAUCAGAUUUAUUUUCUUAUAUGAAAAUGUUGUCACGAACAAUAAAUUUUCCAACUCAACGUCGUAGAUAUCGAUAUCGGCAGAGAAGACCGUCCACAUCGAGAAACAUAGCAUCGAAUAGUAAUAAAGUUACAGCAGCUGCGACGUACAACAAAGAAGUGUACGUAAAAUCAGUUACUUCGUAUAUUCAAGACAAAGAUAUCACUCGAGCAGAAAUCAAACCACUAGUUGAAGAAUUUCGAAAAUUAUUCCUCGAGCAUGAAUUGAAAGACCGAGGACAGCAAGAGCAAGGGUCUUCUCAUUCUGACGUAUCCGAGGAAGCAUUGAAUGUGGAUUCGCUGAACUCGAGUAUUCAAGAAUUGGAGGCGAGUAUUCAGAAACAUACAACUUUGAUAAAUCUCGAAGAAAAGAAAACAUUGUUGAGUGUUGUUACCGAAAUCUUCAGAACAAUGUACUUCACGGAUAACGAUCGAAACCGUAUUGCUGGGCAUUUGCAGAAGCUAGAUGAAAGUUUGAUCCCGAAAAUGAGAAUAGAAUUAAAAUCGAGUAAUAACGAAUGUAUCACCAAUCACCAAAUCCACACGGUUUGAAUCUGAAUAGGUACCAACAAUACCAAGAAGCUACCGCCGACGAAGAUGCUGAAUUCGAGGAAGAGCAAGAACAACAUGUCGAUGAAAAUUAAUUUAGUUUCGCUUCUUUAUUCAUUAUGUAAUUUGUAAUCAUGAUUUUCAAUAGUGUUUCUAUUCGUUGUUUUCACCAACGAUUUCUGUUGAAUACGAAUUUAAUUACCUAUGUCUUUUUUUACGAGAGUGAAAAAUAACGUAUUUUGGAAAGAACCGAAAGAUAAAAUAUGGCUGAUGUAUUGUAAUUGAGAUAUAAAAAUUGAUAUUUGAUA